CAUACACACACUUCACUUAGAGUCAGUGAUGCGCGUCAUGGAGCGCACUUUCCGCGAGCAGCUCUUCUUGCUGGUGCUGUGUUUGUCCGUCCUCAAGGGAAACUCCAGAUACAUCGAGAACAACGACAUCUCAAGAGAUGAACUAUUUUCACUUUUCAAUUCUCAGCUCAAGAGAGAAACACCUGAAGAGUUGAUAUAUCGUCGUCCUUUACGUUGUCUGGACAUGAUCGCAGUGGAGGGUGAGUUCACCUUCACCACGGAGAAUCCUCAGCUCAGCUGUGCUGCUUUCUUCAUGGCAGAGCCCAGCGAAGUGAUCAGUGUGGAUUUAGACAAUGUGGACAUCGACUGCAGUGGAGGAGACUUCAUCACGGUGUUUGACGGCUGGGUGAUGAAAGGAGAGAAGUUCCCCAGCUCCCACGAUCACCCUCUGCCCGUGAACGAGCGCUACGUGAACUACUGUGACACGGGGGCACUGAGGAGGAGCGUGCGAUCCUCUCAGAACGUGGCCAUGGUCUUCUUUCGCAUUCACAACGCUGGCAGCAGCUUCACGCUGACGGUCAAGAAACACAUCAACCCCUUCCCCUGUAAUGCCAUCUCCCAGUCACCAGAGGGCAGUUACACAAUGGUGAUCCCACAGCAGCACAGGAACUGCAGCUUCUCCAUCAUAUAUCCCGUGGAGAUUGACAUCUCUGAGUUCAGCCUGGGACACAGCAACCACAACAGCAACAACGACUUCCCCAAGAGAUCCCUGCCCGGAUGUACAGAGACAGAAGAUUUUGUGCAGCUGCUGGGAGGACGUGGCCUUGACACAUCCAAGCUUCUGACCAUCACAGACUUCUGCACGUCCUUCACUGGAGCCACGCAUAUGAAGGUUGGUUGUGAUAACACAGUGGUGAGGAUAGUGUCCAGCGGGAGGUUUGUCAGCCGUGUUACUUUCAACUACCGGCUGCUGGACAGUCAGGAACUUCAGACGAUCAAGCUCAACAACGUGGAGGAUUUCUGUUUCAACAACUGAUAACAGCAGGACUGCAACAUGACACAUGUAUCAUAUGACGGCAAUUGUUUUUUUUUAUUGAUUUCUUUAAAGGCAGCAGCUCUACCUGGCCACUCCCUCUCAUUAGACAACACUCAUUAAAUCCAAAGACAAUAAGAACGAUAUGGAAAAUAUGUGGCAACACAGAUAAUACGAUAUUUUGUUAUUAACUCAAAUCUCAGCAGAUUUUCUUUCAGCUUUAAAUUUUUUUUCUUUAUUUCUGCUAAAUAAAUUGUAUUGAAGUGUCCUUUUAUGUUCAAUGGAGCUGCAGUUUUUUCUGUUUAUUUGUCUUCAAUAAGAUUGUUAAGAUUUCCUUAUGUUGUUAUUAUGUCGUGGGUUCGUCAACAUUCCUGACAAGGAAUGGUGCUAAAAAAAAUGAAAGUUGCCUUCUGAUUAUUUUGCUGAACGAUGUUUGAAGGGUAAUAUGUAUUUCCGUGUAAUAAAUACAACUAUUCAUUGUCAUUAUGCAGUUUGUAUAAAGCCUUUUUGUAAUAAAAUUAUACUGCAUG